GUACUUGGCGGAGCAUCAGCUGGAGGAAGUCAUCACCGAUGUGGUGCGGGAGGUCAUCCACGAGAAGCCUGCCGAGCCACUCUUGUUCUUAUCCUCCCAGAUCCUGAAGCAUGCGGCCACCAGGAAGCCCGGGCUCCUUCCGCGCAUCGAAGAUCAGAGGGAGGUGCCGCCGCCUCCACUUAUGGAGAAGCCGCAGCAUACGGGUGGAGCUGGAGAA